ACAGCCUUCCCUGCGGGCACAGUCCAUAUAGUCAGAGUUCCUUUAAGAAGCCUCCUAGGAACUGUAUGGUUUGUGCUUCUAUAGGGCCAGAUCACUUCUGCCAUGCUACAUGCUAGAGCACAGAGGGGUUUUUGUUCUAACCCUCAGAUAGGACAUGCUUGAUUCGCUGUGUGCCACUUUCUGCUUUAGGAAGCAAAGCAAGAAGUUCAAUUGAGCUUCUCUGAGUCCCUGUAUAAAUCGUGCUAAGCCAGAAGUGGGGUUGAAGUCUGUGAAGGCAAACUCCUGGCAGAGGUGAUUGCCCAGCACCAGGCUACCAGUGUUUGCAUACCUUGCCUUUCUAGACAUAGCAAUGGAGUGAGCAUUGAGCUGCACCACUUCCUAUUAACCUGUGUCACGAUCUUAUGGUUUCUGUUCAUCUAGUUACGGGCAGUGACAGGGCAGUAACAAAACCAGGCUCUAAAGCCCACUUGCUUAUCCCUGGAUGUAAGAGGUAACAGGAUUCUGUACUUGAGAGAUGCCAGCGUUGGUCUCAUCUUCCACAUCCCUGUGUCUGCAAGCAAAUGCUAAGAAUAGAGGGUGCAGGCUUAAGUACAGUGAAUCAGAUAGCAAUGAUUUCUCUUAUUAUUCAAUAAACAAUAAUCCCUUCAUGCAUCUUUGCAAUGGAAGAAUCAGGAGCUCCAUUCCGGAGCUCAGUAGAACAGAUGUGUGACUGCAGAUGUCCUCUGGUCUGUCACAUUGGCUGCAGAUGAAGCAGUGCUUGUUGAGGGCAGGCAGAUGUGGCCAAGAGCAGAGCCCUGGCAGCCAGAGGGGGGGAAAUGGGGCAGGAAUGCAAUGAACACAUGGCCCUGGGCUGUGCUGUGCUUCUGCCAUCAUCCCUGGUACGAUGCCCAAGGGGAGUGGUGGCGUCUCAUGGGAUGCAAGAGAUGCUUUGCUAUUGCAUCCCAUGCUUCACCAAAUGGAUGAAGGCAUGCAGUAAUGGGGAGCAGAGCUGGUUAGCUGUCCUCGUGCCACAUGGAAACCCAUGCUGUGGCCACCUGGUGCCACACUGGGCUGCAGCCGCAGGCAGUAUAUCUCCCCAAGCAGUGCUGAAAGCACCAAUAAGAUCAGGGUGUUCUGCACUGUGUGUUCCUAUUGAUGUAUGUGUGCCCUAAACUGAAGUCAUGUUUAUUUAAGUGCAGAUGGAGCUGCUCACAUCCCUCUUUAAUUACCAAUGAGUCAAGCAGCCAGGAAAAAAUUAACAGACAAAAAAGAUAAUUCUUUUAUUUUAGUUUCAGUAACUCUGCUCAUGGAAAAGCUGUGCUGUUACUGCCAGCAAAUGGCUGAGCAGGGGCCUGGGGCUUAAAGCUUUCUGUGCUGGCAGCAUCUUGUUGUGGCAGAUCUGUGCUCAGCCAAUGUGUCAAUAAAAGGGUUGAGGAUUCCCCUAUUCCUGUGUGGGCUGGGAGGGACAUGGAGGCUUUGCCCAGGUCCCUGACUGCUCCCAAUGUCCCUGUAGAAGGGCUGAGCUCUGUGUGAGUUAUGGGAGGGUUUCCACUGUUCCACCAAUUUGGCUGCAUCUGUGAUGCUGCAUCCCCUCCCAGCUUUCCAAAGCGGCUGCUGGCAGCCAGCAGCACACUGCAGAGCAGCAGGAACUGCUGCGAUGGGGUCUGGAGAAGGAGGGAAGCACCCAGACACCUCGAGCUGCUGGGCUCGUGCUGCAGUGCAGGGAUCCAUACAUCCUGCACUGCUCCUGGCUCUGCUGUGGCUCCUUGGCAUGCCGACGGCUCAUGGUGCCUGUGGGCCCCCUCCUCCCAUGACCCACUCCCAGCCCUCCAGCGUCGAGCAGCUCAGCAGCUUCCCUGUGGGCUCCAGGGUGACCUACAUGUGUCUGCGCGGUGCUAUCAGGAUCCCCGGGGCAUUGGACACGGUGCAGUGCCUGCCUGGCUCAUACUGGUCGGAGCUGCGCGAUCCCUGUGGCUUGAGCUGCGCUACCCCGACCUCAAUGCACUUUGCUGCCCUGUCCGAGGUGGAUGAGAUGAUCAAUUUCUAUCCUGUUGGGUUCACUGUGAGCUACGUCUGCCGCCCUGGUUAUGAGAACAUCUCAGAAAGCCAACCCACCAGCACCUGCCUUGAGAGCCUGACGUGGUCAGAGGUCCCGGAGUUAUGCCAGAGGAAAUCCUGCGGUCCCCCAGAGGCCCCACCUGCAGGGAGGAUCCUCCAACCCACAGAUUUUCUGUUUGGCACACAUGUGAACGUGCUCUGCGAUGAGGGGUACCAACUCCACGGGAGGAAUUUCAUCCGCUGUUGGCUUAAAGGAGAUGACGUUGAGUGGAGUGAACUUCCAACCUGUGAACUAAUCACCUGCUCUUCACCUCCUCGGAUCAGCAACGGGAGGCACGAUGGUGAAGGUGUAGAAAAGUUUGCUUACAACUCAACAGUGACCUACAGCUGUGACUCUGGCUUCCAACUCAUUGGGAAUGUGAGCAUCCGUUGUACGAGAGCAGAGAAUGCAAGAGGGGUCUGGAGUGGAGCAGUGCCCCAAUGUAAAGAGAAAAGCCCACCUGUCAAACUUGGAAUAAAACCCAUGGAAAGGAGUCCUCCUCCCCAGGGUUCCCAGAGACGUGACCUCAAACCACCCAAGAAGACUUUCACAAUGGAAAUGAAAAUGAGCCUCUAUAAGAAGUCACUCCAAAACACCAACUCCUUCUCCUCCUCUUCUUCGUUCUCCAGGAAGCCAGGGAGCUGUGCCACCUCAGCUCUCAAAUUUGUGAUGCCUCUGUACAAAACCCAAAGCUCCUUCUCUCCUGGAACCCACAAGCAAUCUCCGUGUUCUCCCAAGUAUCGCAGCAUCUCUGCUGUUUUCCCCAAGGCUGGCUGCUCUGAAAACACGUGGUGGUCUAAAGCUGCAGCAUUUUGUGGAACUGAUGCUGUGUUGUUCCACCCCAGAAAGGUCGUGGGCAGCCAGGAGAACCUGGACGUGGCAGAAGUGCUGCUAUCACCGAUUUCCCAUCCGCUGCAAAAGGCUCUUUUACCUGUAGGAGUGGCGAGUGUUGGUUUGGAAACAGCAGGAAAUGUAAGCAGAAAAUAAUCAGUGGGGAUGGCAUAGGACCCCCAGAGACCCCUGGAGGGUCUCACUGCACAGCUGGAGAUGUGGAGCAAAGCCUUUGUUGGGUGUGAGCCCAGCCCAGCCCUGCUGUUCCUCUUGGAUCACAACGAGGGAUGAAGUUGGGGGAUGUUGGCCCUUUAGUAGUAACAAAGACUGGCUGGAAGCAUCCUGGAAAACACAGCAGGGAUGGGAAGGGAAAAGCUUUGUCCUGUUUUUCUUUUUUUCCCCCUCUAAAAACCCUCUGUGCUGCUCUGUUACCUGCCUUCAAAGUGAAAACAGAUCUAAAAACCUCUUCCUGUUGGUUUUCCUCUUUAAAUGUUUUGUCAUUUCUGGCACUUCUUCAGGAGUGUGGAUGAACGCAGCCGCUCCAACCCGGCUGUGACCCAAAGCAGAUCCCUGACACAUCCCAGCCACAGGGAAACCUGACUGCAGGCACUGAGCUCUCCCUGUGUGCCUGCACACACCGUCCCAAUUCAGUGGUGUACCAUGGCCUAAACACCCUGUUUUCUAUUUCUAUUUAAAAGAAAAUGGCACUGUAAGUAUAAACCACCUAAAUCCAUCCCUGUGCUCUGCUCCUGAGGUACCUCCUGUGGUUGUGCUUCUUCAUCCUCACUUAUUUUUCUUUGGCACAAGGAAGUCAUGCCAGCCUCGCCUCACACACAUCUAUGAAGGAUGUUUUUCUACAUCCUUUUUUACAUCCACACUGUGAUGUGCUCAAAUGUUCCCAGGAUGAAAAUGAUGGGCGCCAGCGUUGGCUGAUUGCCACAGCUGCCUCUCCAUCAGAGAUGUUAGAAGUUCAUAGAAUCAUAGAAUGGCCUGGGUUGAAAAGGAUCACAAUGAUCAUCUAAUUUCAACCCCCCUCGCUAUGUGCAGGGUCACCAACCUCCAGACCAGGCUGCACGGAGCCACAUCCAGCCUGGAGCAGUUGGCUCUAAGCUCACAAAUCCACUCAUCGAUCCCUCUGAGCAGAGCAGGCUGUGGUUUCCCCAACCCUCUUUAUGCUGUUUGCAGAAUUUCGGUCAGAUCUCCUUGAUGUCACAAUCUUUUACAGUCAGAAUUUCCCCCCACCCAUUUCCUUACUCGUUAGCAACACAAACUGCUGCCACAGCAGUUGGCACAAACACAGAGGCACACGGGGAGCCCCCAGAGGAGACUCAGAUACCCGCAUGCUGCCUUGGCUGCAGCAGCCUGGGGAUGUCAUGGCUGUAGUGCAACCUGAGUGCUGCCUUCCUCCAUUGCCCUCCUGUUAGGAAACCACAGCACUUUGCACAAGAAAUUCAAUACUGGCCUUUUGAUCUUUGGCACUGGAAGCACUUUCACUGGCAAAAGCUUUUUGUUGUUGUUGUAUCAAGUGUAAUUAUUAUUAUUAUUUUUUGCCACUUAUAUUUCUAUUGAGACUACAGGAAAGCUAACAGCCACAAGCAUUGUUCUCAUGUCAUCACACUGCAACAGAGAAAAGCAGAAAUGUCAUCAUUAGCUGCCAUCUCUGUCCCAUUCUGUGCUGUAGCUGCCUUAUAGUUGGGUGCCUGGGUCUUUAUAUACAGUUCAUAAUAAAUGAUGGCUGUUUCUGAGUGCGAGCUUGUGAGCUCAGCUGCCCAGUUGUGUGCAUUUUCUGUUCUGUUCGAGGCUUUUGGAGACAUCUGGACAAGGUGAGCAAUUCUUUAUCCUCACCCCUGCAUAUUUAUCUCUGAGUUUGAUUCUGAUGCAAGUUUAGUUUCUGAGAAGCGAAGCAAGAAAGAAAAGCAAUUCGUGCAGCAGCGCUGGGGAAUGCGAGUGCUCCCAAAAAAGCACUUUGAAUCAGUGAGGUGAGCAAUGGGGGGGGGGGUUCACACACACCUGCCUGAGCCCCUCUGCAUUACGGGCCCCUCCAGGCUGGGUGGGUGGGAGCUGCUGACCGUAGGGCCGUGCAGAUCCGGGGAUGGAGGCACAUUUCUACGGG